AUGGAAGCUACAUCUUCCAAAAGACCAAGACAAACCAAAUCAUCCGCCCGCCGUCGGAAGCCUAGAUCUCCAUCACCUCCAUCCAGAUCUCCCUCACCUCCAUCUAGGUCCCCAACACCCCCAGCCGACCCGUCUCAUUUUGGUGUCGUAUGUCUUGGCCCAGUUCAACAGGGCAAACUUGAGUCAUUCCUUAAACGAGGUCAUGCCAUCCAAAAAUUCGCGCAUGUUCCAACUUUGAAAGAGUUGCAUGUUUACAAUCAAGUCAAAACCCUGUUUCGCAACAUAGGGUGGCACGGCUUGUUGAGGGUCCAUGAAUUGAGCUAUAAAGUCCCAACUGCUGAGUUUCUAUCCUCAGUUUAUUUAGAUCAUGGGAUCCUCUACUUCCGUCUAAUGAAUCAAGACUAUGAGAUCUCCUUGGAUCAAAUCAAUGCCAUUCUCACCCAAUUACAUCCAUAUGUCUCUAGCGCUGCUAAAGCCUCAUCACUUAUCCAUCCUGUGAUUAAGGUAGCUCACAGAAUCAUUGCUUCGCUCGUCGCCCCUAGAGAGGAGCGAAGCACCAUUAGCGCGCUGGAACUUAAAAUCCUUUAUGCAAUGACCCAUCCCGAGAAUAACCUCAUUCCUCAUUAUGGUCGGUUUCUGUGCCACAAGCUCAUCCGCCUUAGCGCAUCCCGAUCAGGAAAGAUUGUUUGUGAGGGUAUUGUCAGCAUGCUCGCCAAGAGCGCCCACAUCCGAGCCCCAUACCCGGUCCCCACCAGCCACUGCCGGUGA